AUUUAUUCUUAAAGGAGCCGCAGCGCUUCUGACUUCCGGAUGUGAAGAGUGUCGGGGUAGGGGAGGCCAAGCAGGAGGGCAUGUUUACCUGCCCGGGUGUGGGAGGGGCCCAGGACUUGCCACAUGCCCUGACAGCUAGAAAACAAUGGAGGAAAAGGAAUCCCGAGGCGAGGUGCAGGACGGCGAAACCUCCAAGGUACAGCCCGCCCACUGCGCCUCCUCCACCGCCGCCAAGAACCUCGCCAUCCUCAAGGAGCGCUCCUUCGAUGUCAACUUUGACGUUGGCGAUGAGUAUGAGAUCAUCGAGACCAUCGGCACCGGCGCCUACGGCGUGGUGUCAUCUGCGCGGAGAAAAGACACCGGUCAGAAGGUCGCCAUCAAGAAGAUCCCCAACGCCUUUGAUGUGGUGACCAAUGCCAAGCGCACCCUGAGAGAGCUGAAGAUCCUGAAGCACUUCAAACACGACAACGUCAUCGCCAUCAAGGACAUCCUGAGGCCGGCCAUCCCCUACUGCGACUUCAAGUCCGUAUACGUGGUGCUUGACCUCAUGGAGAGCGACCUCCACCAGAUUAUCCACUCCUCGCAGCCGCUGACCUUAGAGCAUGCCCGCUACUUCCUGUACCAGCUGCUGCGGGGUCUGAAGUACAUCCACUCUGCCAACGUCCUGCACCGGGACCUGAAGCCGAGUAACCUCCUGAUCAAUGAGAACUGCGAGCUGAAGGUCGGAGACUUUGGGAUGGCGCGGGGGCUCUGCACUAAGCCCGAUGAGUACAAGUACUUUAUGACGGAGUAUGUGGCCACCCGCUGGUACCGCGCCCCCGAGCUGAUGCUGUCUCUGCAUGAGUACACCCAGGCCAUAGACAUGUGGUCAGUGGGCUGCAUCUUCGCUGAAAUGCUGGGGCGCAAGCAGUUAUUCCCCGGGAAGAACUACAUCCACCAGCUACAGCUCAUCAUGACCGUGCUCGGGACACCGUCCAGCCAGGUCAUCCAUGCCAUCGGUGCGGAGAGGGUGCGAGCCUACAUCCAGAGCCUACCUUCUCGUCAGCCGGUGCCAUGGACGGACCUGUACCCUCAAGGAGACCGCAAAGCCCUCAACCUCUUGUCCAAAAUGUUGCGCUUUGACCCAAGGGAACGGAUUUCUGUACGGGAAGCCCUGCGCCACCCUUUCUUGUCUAAAUACCAUGACCCAGAUGACGAGCCAGAAUGUGUGCCCGCUUUUGACUUUGGCUUUGACAAGAAGAUCUUGACCAAAGAGCAGAUUAAAGAGGCCAUCGUGGCAGAAAUAGACAACUUCCACCGCCGGCGAGAAGGCAUCCGGCGGCAGAUCAGCUUCAAACCUGCCUUAAAACCUGCAGUAGAGGGGCCAAGUCCAGAGACUGUGGUGAGAGGAGAAGACUUCCACUCGCCACCACUUCCUCCACCCUCAGGAGGACUGGAUGUGGACAUGCCUAGUGCUAACUCUGCCAAGGACAGGGUGGACUUUCCUAUGGAGUCGCCUAGAGUUUCUGAGAAGCUGGAGACCAUCGACCUAACGUCUCCUGUGGAGAGCGAAGACUCGGCACCACAACUGGUAAAGGAAGAGGUGAAAGAGGAGGCGCCGGGCAUUAAAACCGAUCCAGAACCUGUGCCAAAGAGAGAGGGCACCAUAUCUGAUGAUACCAAGGCUGCACUAAAGGCAGCACUACUGAAAUCAGCCCUGCGGAAUAAAUCCAAAGAUGCUCCGUGUUUGGUUCCAGAAACGCCUGAAAUAAAGAAACCAAUAACAGCCCAGGAACGUCAGCGGGAACGUGAAGAGAAGAGGAGGCGACGUCAAGAGCGUGCUCGGGAGAAAGAGAAGAAGCAGAAGGAGAAGGAACGUCGUGACCUAAGGAAAGCAGAAGGAUUUGGGGGGCUGGUUCUGAGUGAAAAUGAUAAAAACCUUCUGGAGCGCUGGAACCGAAUGAUUGACCAUAACCCACCUCCACCUCCCAUCUGCCAAAAUGCCCCAGUACCAAAUCCAGCAGUGAUGUGCCCGGUCGCCCAGCCUCUUCCACCACAGACGGUCUUUGCUGUGACGAACAUUAAUCCAGUCCCUGAGGUCAGAAACCAGCAGAAUGGCAGCGUCACAACUCCGUCCGUUGCGCCCAACAUCCAGUUCAUUCCCCGCUGCUUAAAUCCCUGCCCUGUAUCUAACCUGCUCCGGUAUGUGCCCCCGGCCCCGACAGCCUUCCAGAUCGGCCCGGUGGUGGUGGCGCCUCACGUGAAGCCAGUGACUACUCCUGCUGCUCCACAACUUCCUGCAGAUGUGAAGUUUAUUGCUGGAGGACAAGUCUUACCCGGUCCUUUCCCUGCUCCUUCCCCGCUCAACCCAACGUGGAACAGAGGAGGGCAUGAAGAUGGCAGCUGGCCUGCGUCCGACACCAGAGACGGGAAGAGCAGCUCCGUCACUGUGGAUCCUGCAUUGUUCCUGCGCAGCUCUUCUGACCUGGAGCAUCCCCCGCAGCAGGUUUCUGGAAUGUCCUACCCUGGAGGAGCGGUGGUGGAUCGUCACAUCCAGGAGAACAAGUCCCAGGAUUUGCCACCUCUUCCAGCCGUCACCUUCAACACCACAGACGCCAACACUGUUUCUCCAGAUAUCAACCUGGUGACGCAGCAGCUGUCGAGGUCUCAGGUGGAGGAUGUGUUGCCCCCCGUUUUUUCUGUCACCCCCAAAGGAAGCGGCGCUGGAUAUGGGGUGGGCUUCGACCUGGAGGAAUUUUUGAACCAGUCCUUUGAGAUGGCUCCAGAAAACCGUGAGAGCCUGGUGGACUCCACUCCUCUGUCGGCAUCGCUCCUGGCCGACUGGCUGGAUGUUCAUCGCAUGAACCCCGCAGACCUGGCCAUUCUUCAGGAGGACCUACAGCUGGGAUCUCCCAUGAGCCUGUCCGACAUUCCCGACCUCCAGGACGGCUGAGGAAUCGGGCGGAGGACUUCACCGGGAGCCUUUCCAUUGUGACAAAGGGCAGCAUUUAUAUACGGAGGUGCCCUGCAUGAGCGGAGCAGCGGGUGCCCCCAGGACGGUUCAUCAGGUGAUAGGAAUAGAUGACGUCUAUGGAGGCCACGGCCGAUGAUGAUGGGAUAGUGGCUGGUUCUUCCAGUGCCAUAAAUGAAGCCACCCUCCACGAGCGGCUCUUCAAAGCGGUUCUGGGAAUCCUGCUUCUCCUUAUAGACUGCGCACAGUGAGCUCUGCAUUAUCCAGCGACGCUGGGGACUGAGCACAGUGAGCUCUGCAUUAUCCAGUGACGCUGGGGACUGCGCACAGUGAGCUCUGCAUUAUCCACCGACGCUGGGGACUGCGCACAGUGGGCUCUGCAUUAUCCACCGCCGCUGGGGACUGCGCACAGUGAGCUCUGCAUUAUCCAGCGACGCUGGGGACUGCGCACAGUGAGCUCUGCAUUAUCCAGCGACGCUGGGGACUGAGCACAGUGAGCUCUGCAUUAUCCAGUGACGCUGGGGACUGCGCACAGUGAGCUCUGCAUUAUCCACCGCCGCUGGGGACUGCGCACAGUGAGCUCUGCAUUAUCCAGCGACGCUGGGGACUGAGCACAGUGAGCUCUGCAUUAUCUACCGACGCUGGGGACUGCGCACAGUGAGCUCUGCAUUAUCCACCGACGCUGGGGACUGCGCACAGUGAGCCCUGCAUUAUCCACCGCCGCUGGGGACUGCGCACAGUGAGCUCUGCAUUAUCCACCGACGCUGGGCACUGCGCACAGUGAGCUCUGCAUUAUCCACCGACGCUGGGGACUGCGCACAGUGAGCUCUGCAUUAUCCACCGACGCUGGGGACUGCGCACAGUGAGCCCUGCAUUAUCCACCGACGCUGGGCACUGCGCACAGUGAGCUCUGCAUUAUCCAGCGCCGCUGGGGACUGCGCACAGUGGGCUCUGCAUUAUCCACCGACGCUGGGGACUGCGCACAGUGAGCUCUGCAUUAUCCAGCGACGCUGGGGACUGCGCACAGUGAGCUCUGCAUUAUCCAGUGACGCUGGGGACUGCGCACAGUGAACUCUGAUUUAUCCACCGCCGCUGGGGAUUGCGCACAGUGAGCUCUGCAUUAUCCACCGCCGCUGGGGACUGCGCACAGUGAGCUCUGCAUUAUCCACCGCCGCUGGGGACUGCGCACGGUGAGCUCUGCAUUAUCCAGCGACGCUGGGGACUGCGCACAGUGGGCUCUGCAUUAUCCACCGCCGCUGGGGACUGCGCACAGUGAGCUCUGCAUUAUCCACCGACGCUGGGGACUGCGCACAGUGGGCACUGCAUUAUCCACCGCCGCUGGGGACUGCGCACAGUGGGCACUGCAUUAUCCAGCGACGCUGGGGACUGCGCACAGUGAGCUCUGCAUUAUCCACCGCCGCUGGGGACUGCGCACAGUGAGCUCUGCAUUAUCCACCGCCGCUGGGGACUGCGCACAGUGGGCACUGCAUUAUCCACUGCCGCUGGGGACUGCGCACAGUGAGCUCUGCAUUAUCUAGCGACGCUGGGGACUGCGCACAGUGAGCUCUGCAUUAUCCACCGACGCUGGGGACUGCGCACAGUGAGCUCUGCAUUAUCCACCGACGCUGGGGACUGCGCACAGUGAGCUCUGCAUUAUCCACCGCCUAGUACCAGGGUGUGUGCUCCGCAGCUGUGCCCGCACUGACCCGACUAUCACGCGGUGCUGCGGACCUUUUCCAGUCCCUGCUGUUUCGGUUCCUGAUUUUUCUUAACUUGUUAAUAAAGUUUUAUUUAUU